UUUCAAGUCAAUCCAAGCUUAGCUUCAAAACAGAAAACCAAAAACCAUUUAGCCAUCAUGUUCAAAUACGCCGUUGUCAUCUGCGCCCUGAUCGCCUGUGUGGCUGCCAAGCCAGGAUUGCUGCACACUCCUCUGGCAGCUCUGCCCGCUCCGGUGAUUGCUGCUCCCGCUCCCGUGGUCACUGCCGCCAGUAGCCAAGUCGUGGCCAGGACCUUCAACGGCAUCGCCGCUGCUCCAGUGAUCGCUCCGGUCGCUGCUCCUCUGGCUGCUCCAAUCCUGAACAGAGUGGCUCCAUUUGCUGCUCCCAUUGCCACCCCCUUUGCUGCUCCGUACGCCCAUCCCUACGCUGCGCCCGUUUUGGCCAAAUACGCGGCUCCACUGGCUUAUGCCCCAGCACCUUUGAACUAUGCCGCUCCCGCUUUGUGGUAAAGGGAA